AUGGAAAGAGGAAAGGAGAAAAGGGUUUCCAAAAACCUGCAACAAACUUUCCAUCGCUCUAAAGAACCUACCUUCCUUAUCAACCAAGCUGUUCCGUCUAGGGACUCCUCUUCUAGCCUUUUGCCAGAAACAGGGCAAGUCCACCCUGGUGAAGAAAUAAAGACAAACCCUCAGAGAACUAGGCCUGGGACUGUGAUCCUCUCAAGACGCCCUGGUAAGAGAAGCAUGUCAGAAAGCCAGCCUACCCGACCCGUGAUCCCGUCCCGCAGGCCUGGAUUCCGGAUAUGCUAUAUCUGCGGCCGAGAAUUUGGGUCCCAGUCCCUCGCCAUUCAUGAGCCCCAGUGCCUGGAGAAGUGGCGGGUUGAAAACAGCAAGCUGCCCAAGCACCAGCGGAGGCCAGAACCCUCCAAGCCACAGCCGCUGGCCGGCGGCAAUGGGUCCUACACGCUCGAGGCGCUGAACGAGGCAGCGUUCCAGAGCUCGCAGGCCCAGCUGCUGCCCUGCGAAAUCUGUGGCCGCACAUUCUUGCCGGACCGCCUUAUUGUCCACCAGAGAAGCUGCAAGCCCAAGGGCGGUGGGCCCAGAGAGCCAAAGAGCAACAACUCCAGUGACCUUCCUGGUCUUCAGAAAGCUGCUGGUGGCGUCCCACCUCGACCAAGGACUCUCGUCUGCUACAUUUGUGGCAGGGAAUUUGGCUCCCUCUCCCUUCCUAUUCAUGAGCCCAAAUGCCUGGAAAAGUGGAAAAUAGAAAACAGCCAGCUCCCCAGGGAGCUCCGCCGGCCAUCGCCACAGAAGCCUCAGCCCUUUGUACCCGGCGAGGGGCCAAGUCAAGCUCAGCUUGAGCCCUGCCCACACUGCGGCCGGACCUUUGCCCCCCAGCGCCUGCCGGUGCAUCUGAGAAGCUGUAAGCCUCAAUCCAGUGGGCCACGCGCUCAGAAUUUGACUUUAGGGAGCAAAGGCGGCCUGAAAGAGCCCGCUAAUUCCAAGCAGCAAAGGCACGUGGCAGCACCCACUGAGACUGAAAAGGUAACGCAGGCCACGUGA